CAGCAUUGCAGCAUUAGUCGCCCCUCCUCUGGCACGCCUCGGCUAAGCUGUUUGUAAAAUUUGCCUGUCGCGAUUCCAAAAUGGGGAAGGUAGGCUUUAUCGCGCUUGUAAUUGCGGCUUUAUCGAUGCUGUUGGGAGAGAGGAUUGUCAACUUAAGGAAAAGGUCCCUCGCUUCAAGGGAGCUGGUCCAGAAUCACCUUCCUAACUGUGUCGCACUCAAAAAUCUGGAUUACGGCUCAGAGGAUAUAACGAUCCUUGGAGACGGACUUGCCUUUAUCAGCACUGGUCUGAAGUAUCCUGGACUGCCAUCCUCAGACGUGACAGGAAAGAUCUUCUCCCUCAAUAUGCAAGAUCCCCGGAUGAAACCAGUGGAGCUGCGCAUGCCAAGAAACUUUGAUCUGGAAUCAUUCAACCCUCAUGGCAUCAGUGUAUACACCGACCCAAGUGAUGACACAGUAUACCUGUUUGUUGUCAAUCAUCCUGAACACAAAAGCCAAGUAGAGCUGUUCAAAUUUGUUGAGGACAACCUCUCCCUGGUGCAUUUGAAAACCAUCAAACACGAACUUCUUUACAGCGUAAACGAUAUUGUUGCAGUGGGAGUUGAUAGCUUCUAUGCAACCAAUGAUCGCUACUUUACCUAUGAAAUCCUUAAAGUUUUGGUGGAGCCUCUUCUGGCUCAGCCCUGGACUAAUGUUGUGUACUACAGUCCUGGGGAAGUAAAAAUCGUCUCUGAGGGAUAUUACUUUGCAAAUGGCAUCAAUAUCUCACCAGACAAAAGGCACUUAUAUGUGGUAGAUCCAUUUGACCACAAUGUGCAUGUGCUGGAGCGGAAAGAAGACAAUGCAUUAGUCUCUGUGAAGUCUGUGGCCGUGGGUUCACUCUGUGACAACGUUGAAGUUGACCCUGAAACUGGUGACCUGUGGUUAGGCUGUCACCCUAAUGGAUGGAAAGCUGUCAUGUUUGACCCAAAGGACCCACUGGGAUCGGAGGUCAUCCACAUCCAGAACAUUCACUCUGAUCCGCCAGUGGUGACUCAGGUGUACGCUGACAACGGCCAUGUGAUCAUGGGCUCCUCUGUAGCAGCUACAUAUGGGGGAAAGUUGCUCAUUGGCACCAUGUUCCAUAAAGCCAUUUGCUGUGAUUUGAAGUAGGCAAUGACUCUUUGACAUAUGGCUUUCAGUAAGCAGGAGAGUUUUAAAAACAAUUACUCAGAAUUUCAGUUAAAGAAAAGGAAAUUAAGAUUGACCUCUUUGCAAGGCUCUCAAUCAGACAGGGCAAUGAUGAUUUGAAUGAUGGUAUAACAUGGAUAUUACAGCACUUGUUGUAGGGAAAAGUGCUGUACACUGUUGUACUAGACAGGAUCUGAUAAAAGACCCAGAUAAUCUCUCAGCUGGCGUAAGAGUGCCUGAAGAUCCCUUAGGAGGAGCUGGAGGAAGAUAGAUGGAUGGUGUUUAUCUAAUUUUAUAGUAAUUAGCCCUGGGUACAACAGCAUAUUUGAAAAUGGUGUCAGACACAGAAGUUACUGAACUGCCCAGAUACUUGAACCACUGUGAAAUAAGUAGUUGUAAAACAAUAUUUUUCAAUCAAACAAGAGUAAAAAGAUCACAUAAUUGAUUUGCUGUCUAUCAUGAAAAUAAUAUUUUUCACUGGCCACAUGAAAAUGUGAACUCUUUACAUGUGCAAUGUAUGUAACUGGAUGUUUUUACAUGUUUUAAUUGCUACAUAUUUAAAAAAUGGCACAUUUGUUUCAUGUAUUUGAAUGUAUACAACACAAUAAAGAGAGUCAUACUGCAA